AUGACGAAUAUUUUGCGUACAUUUGCAUCGGAUAAUUAUGCUGGGGUACUACCUGAGAUAAUGUCUGCAUUGGUCAAAGAAGCACAGUCAAAAUCGCAUGCGCGUGCCUACGGUCAUGAUGAUGUUACUCAAGCAGCACGUCUUGUCAUUAAACAACAAUUCACUUCUGCAUCGGAUGCUUCAACACCUGGUGUCUUUUUCGUUUUCAAUGGCACAGGUGCUAAUGUACUUUCAAUCCUCGCUUGUACACAUUCGUAUCAUGCUGUCAUUUGUGCGGAUAUUUCACAUAUCAUUACGGAUGAGUCAUCAUCACCAGAAACUGUCACCGGUGUACGAUUGAUAUCGAUUCCGACGAAUGAAAAUGGUAAAAUCAUGAUGGACAGAAUUGAGGAGAAACUCGAUUGCCUGGGCGAUAUGCAUGCUGCUCAACCACGAAUGAUAUCGAUUGCCCAACCGACGGAAUAUGGAACAGUUUAUACACUUGACGAACUCAAACAGAUCUCCACUCUAGCAAAGAAAUACAACUUAUACUUUCAUAUGGACGGUGCACGAUUAUUCAAUGCCGUUUCAUCAUUGAAUUGUACUCUUCGAGAUAUUACAACCGGAGUCGGAGUGGACAUUCUUUCCUUGGGUGGUACCAAGACUGGUAUGAUGUAUGGUGAAGCAGUAGUGGUGUUCAAUCAGUCGAUACUCGAAGCUGAUGGCGGUAUUUUAAAAUUUCGUCAUAAGCAAGUGAUGCAAUUAGCAUCGAAACAGCGAUUCAUCGCCGUUCAAUUCUUAGCCCUACUUGACAAUAAUCUGUGGAAAAAGUCGAGUGAACAUUCCAAUGCAAUGGCUCAAACAUUAAAAAAGCGUUUAGAAUCAAUUCCAUUGAAAGAUAAUAAACCACAGAUUCGGAUAACCAAACCCGUGGAAACUGGCGCGAUUUUCUUAGAAAUCCCUCAGCAAUGGUACGAACCAUUAUCAACAAUCUUUCCGUUCUACAUGUGGAGAAAAAAGAAUUGUGAAGUUAGAUUGAUGUGUUCGUUCGACACCACCGAAGACGACAUCGAACAGUUUAUGAAGAAAAUUUAUGAACUGAUCGAAACCAAUGUUUAA